UUUGGGCCCACCUCGCUCCGUCCGUCAUCAUUGAGUCCUGGCCUCCUGCUUGGCCUCUGCUUGAACGGAGGGACGGAUGAAUCAAUACAGCAUGAAUGGACAACAGAUCGAUGGCCGCCAGCCAGGACCGCACAAACAUCGACAAGUGCGUAAUUGAUACAGCCGGACUGCGGACCGCGGACUGGAGUGUUGCGUCAUCCGCUUAUCAGCGUCAUCAGCUUGGAGUCUUGGGCUCUCGGGGUCUCGGGGACUGAUCUGACUGAUCUGACCGGAGAGCCACGCCAAGCCGGGCGAGCGCUGACGGGCGGGUCCGAGUGAGAAACCCUGGCGUACCCUGGGGUCCAAAGUCCAGGUCUAGGUCAUACUCCAGGACCCAACAGCUCAGUGAUUGAAAGGUCCGGCGGCCUGGGGCGGGCCAGUCCUCGUCUGGGGGGGGCUCUGGUCCUGCCUGUGGACCAUGCCAUGGGCCCGAGUGACUUUGGGCAGGGGAGGAGUGAAGCUGACAGUGGGGCACGUUUCAAUGUAAGACAGUGUGGCCUUUGGGCGAAGAUGGGCGGUCAAAGUCCAACCCGGCGCGCGUUUUCGGACUGGCCUCCCAGGCCCUUGGAUUAUUAGUGCCAUUCGACGCAUCCAUCCCGCCAGAAGAGACAUACGUAAGUACGGAGGGUCGGACGGCCGGACGGACAUAGGCCGGGCCGGUCGCUGUUUCGAUCCAGGAAGGAGAGAUGAGUCGGGCCAGCCUGACGUAGACCAGAAUAAACACGGAUCACCCCGACCACCUUAGCCACCCCAGCCAUCACGGGCAACGUUGACGCAUUCAGGCAUUGGACCUUGGAAACUGGGAAGCCGUGCUCCACUACGUCCCACGUGGGAGUGACCCAGUGAGGGCGGGCAUGAGUGAGUAGGGCGGCGCCUUUUGAGACCCUCGCUCCCAUGCCACACGCUUGAUUCAGCAUGGUCAGCCCCACCUCCCGAUCUUCUGCCGGACAGCCUCGAGCUCGACCAAGGCCGGAUAUCCCGGAUUGGGUGGCUCAACAAUACUAUCGGCAUGGCCUGUUUUGUGCGUCCCACCCCAAAGUGGUCUUACUCUUCACGGCCUUAGGUAUGGCUUGGACUUGUUACCCGCUGCUCUCUUUGCAACAACUCACCUCGGGUCAGAUUCAACGCUACAUUCAGCCCGCCAAUGGCUCCACCGCCGAACCCAGUCCAUCCGCCGGGCCCCCACCCGCUUGGUGGUUGGGCUCGCGCCCCGUGGCCUACCUCCUGCAAGUUCAAAUGAAGGCCAUGGUGCACCCGUAUCCGGCCGCAGAUCUGGUGCGAACCGACGCCUUCCGGGGGCCGCUGGCUUCGGCUUUCAAGUUGCAACUCGAAGAUUUGGGACCGUACCGGACGCCCGACGGCAAAUCUUUGGAAGAUGAGUGUCUCCGGACGGACGGCUUGUCGACCCGAUAUAAAAGCAGCAGUGCCGUGAAUGUCUUACCCGAGUACGGUUGUCUGGCCAUAUCCCCAGCUAAUGUCUGGCGCAAGGAUCCGUCGGCCUUUCAGAUGGAUGCUAAUAUCGUGGCGACCGUAUUUAACUAUCAAAGGUCCCGCGAAGGCCAUAGCAGCUUGGCUGACCUCAUGUUUGGCAUGCGACAACGAGACACGGGAUUGACUCAAUACCCCAUGCGCAAUCGCCAACGGGUCUUGACCUAUGCUGUCACUUUGGCGCUCAAAAACUACGAUUCCAAAUUUGUGCAAUCCCUCCGAUCUCAUCUCCAAGAUCUCUAUCCGCUCCACGCGGAAAAUAACUCACAAUUUGUGUCCGACGAAUUGGUACAUGUUUACUAUCCAUCCCGCUCGUAUUACACGGAACUGCUUCCGUUUUGCCUCGUAUUGCUGCUCUUGUUUCUUUACGUCUACUUUUCGUGCAACAAGAUCGAGCUCGUCCGAUCCAAGAUGGGCAUUGCUUUUGCUGCCGUUUGUACCGUGGUGGGGGCCAUUCUCAUGGCCUUAGGGCUGUCCGGAUUGAGCUUGAACAUGAGUAGUGUCAUGUGCGUGAUCCCAUACCUAGUGGCAUUCAUUAGCUUGGAGAACAUCAUGGUGCUCACCCGAAGUGUUUCCUCUACGCCGCCCCAUUUGGACGUCAAGAUUCGUGUGGCCCAAGGACUCAGUCGCGAGGGCUGGAACAUUACGAAGAACUUGUUUGCCGAGAUCACAAUACUUACCUUGGGCUUUUUCAUUGGCAUCAUGGACCCUUCGAUCCAAGAGUUUUCCCUACUCGCCGUCAUGGGAUUGUUAUCAGAUUUCUUCCUGCAAACAUUCUUCUUCACCACCGUGCUGAGUAUGGAUAUGAGCUUCCUCGAAUUGCGAGAUGUGAUUCAAAAGCCCAACUACAAACGACAAGAGAUCUUUCGUCAUCCGGUCUCCGGACCCGGAUUGAUUAAGAAGUCUGUGGAUCACGACACGAAUGUAGUGGCUCCCCAAUGUAGCACCCUCGUGCCCAAUGUCGAGUCCAAAAGGGUGCGAUUCAUCAAUUUUUGGGCCAAGCGACGAAUUGUUCAGAGGCUCUUUGUGAUUGGCAUGAUCGUUUGGAUCUCGUUGUUUGUGUAUCAGUCCGAUCUCCUGGAUAAGCUGUUCCAAUCCACACAACAACCCGAUCUUCCCGAUGACAACGACAGCGAGAUCAUAACCCAGCGUUACCGCCCGGAAGACAUUCAAGAGCCCACUCAGCAUGAUAUCAAAUGGAACAUAUCUGAGACAUACCCUGGCAUAGACUCUUUGGCUCUAUCAAAGAUGAUCUCAUCCCCGGGAGCGCAGCCGCCGAACCAAAACUUGAACCCAAAGUCGACGGAAACACUGAACCGACUUCAGUAUGGCCCCGCCGAGACAUGGAAGAAAUUACCGCCCUCCCAUUGGUCCAUGUUGUUUGGACUGUAUAAUAUGAGUCUAUUUGGUGAAUAUGUGACAUUCUUGCCACCGAUCCGACUCUCCUUAGCCAUCAGUCCGGAGAGUGCCAGUCAAUUAAGACACCCGGAGGAGCUUCAAGUCCAUUCCAUGUCCAGUGAGGCGUUAGAUUUCCAUGACAAGAUUUUGCUCGAACAAGAUGUGGAUGAUUUUGACGGUAUUCGUUUGGACCAGAAAGAGCAUGUGGCUGCAGAUGGCUACUCAGAACUGAGUCCAUUUGUCCCCACCUCGCCGGGAGAGCUGUUCCUGGCCUUUGUAUUCGCGUUCCCAUCCAUGUUGUUCCUUGUCUAUGUCAUGAUUGUGUUCUACCGUUGUGUUUGCUCUCGUAAUUACGCAGAAUGGAGGAGCUCAUGGGAAGGCGGGCAAUCCGCUAAGCAAAACCACGAUAUCUACACACAGGUUGUUCAAGAGUCUGUUCCUAUUGUGCUCGAAGGCCACAAGUACGAUGUUGAAGGAUUGGUCACGGAUGCAGUGGGCAAUCUCAUGGUGAGCUUGUGUCUCGAAGGUACCAUCCGAACCUGGGAUUCAUAUACGGGAGAGAAGCUGGCGGAAAUUGAUCGUCACGGGUUCUUUCACCACCGAGGCCAAUCCAACCACGAUUGUCAACAAUCACACGUCGAGACGCUUGAGACUCAAGGGCCCGCCUAUGGUUCAGAUCUACGCCCCACCCUCAACAAGAGUGUCACUUACGAUGCCUCAUCAGCGCCUCCAUCUCCACCCUUGUUCAAGAUCAACACGAACUUCUCCUCUAUUCAGAAGAAUAAAAUUACCUGCUCGAUCGACCCGGAUCAUCCCCCUUCCAAGAAACCCUUCAAUUUCGGGAGCUUCAUUUCGGACACAAACUUCGUGGGCAGUUUGAGUCCGCCCAAUUCUCAAACUCAAGGUCGGAGCUCGUCCAAUAGUUCAAAUGAAUCCCAUGAGGUACUUUCGAGCGUGUGGUGUAUGGACUGCAGUGAUCAGCUCAUUUUGGUGGGAUGCGCUCAUGGGCGCAUCGAAGCGUGGGAUGCCCGAACAGGGGCAUUCAAGUGCGCCUACGAUGAUGGCACCGGAAUUGGCGUGACCCACAUCAAGAUGAUCGGCCACAAAGUGGUCUUGGCACGUUUAGCCGGCUACAUUGAGUUCUUGGAGUUGGCGAGCACCCAAAAUCUCGAGAAAAUUCCCAGAAUGCCGAAACGGAACCUACCCGACACACCAGCCAGAAGAUACCACGUUCGCUCGCAUAGUGGGAUCUCCCUGGAUAACGGUUCAGAUCCCACAAUGGUCGAAGACAUUUAUUUGGCUUGGCUUCAAGCCAUUCGCGCUCAUCAGCAGCCCGUGUCAUGUCUCGAAUAUGGCGGGGGUCGUGUCUUGACCGGAUCCAUGGACCACACAAUCCGCAUUUUCCGUCUCGAAGACCAUUUCAACAUCUACACCCUUCACGGGCAUUGUGGGCCCAUUUCGACCGCUUUUGUAGACGGGACGGUGGCCAAUUGUGCGGGCUCCGGCUCGCAAGACGGCAUGAUUUGUGUGUGGGACCUACUAACUGGGGCCUGCAUGUACUCGAUUCUGGCCCAUGACGGUGAAGUGCUGUGCUUGACGUACUCGCCCAGCUACGUAAUAUCCAUGGGGUCCGAUUCCAAGCUCUGCGUUUGGGAGCGCUUCCAGGGGCAUCUCAUUAACACGAUACUUUUGGAUGGUGGGAGCUUUAGUCGCGAUAUCAUAAUGCUGACUCACAAUCUCAUGGUGACGAGUCGCAAAUGCGAUCUCGUGGUUUGGGAUGCCCGUUUACCGGAUCCGGUGAAAAUCGUACGCUUGGGCGAGAAGUUCGGGAUACAUUCGGUGAAAAUGAUGAAGCACCUAGGAGAUACCAUUGCCUGUAAUUUUGGCAACCAACUUCGUUUGAUUCACUUUCCUUUGUUGUCCGACAAGAAGGAUUAAUUAAGCGUUGCCACGUCAAACCGAUCCUACCCCCUACUCCCCUCGUACUAGAUUACUCGACAUCGAAGAUGAUGUGGACCCUAGUUACUCAAACAGACAGAUCUCAGUGGAAAUGGUCCCCGGUCAGUGGGUCUAUGAUCCAGUCCUUCAUGAAUCGCUCAAAAGCCAGGCACACUUCUAUGUAUGUAGUUACCAGAAAAAUCAUUGCCUCGUUUGCUCUAAUUCCCCGUUAUUGAUAUGUGCAAAUGUUCUAUUUUUAAAGCUCAGAACCCGGUUUAACCCAUAAUAACAAUAACAAAAAUAAAUGAAAGAUCGUUUUUCGGA